AUGAGAGAAUAUUAUGCCUACAAGUUUCAGAUCAGAAAAGAAUACAGUCCAAAUAUUCUGAACGCUGGCCGCCUACUACAACAAUUCGCUGUAGAUAUGUAUGUCAAGCUUGAAACUCAAAGACUUGACUUCUACAGAAGCAAGCAAUUGCUUAUUCAAAGAGAACAACUCCAAGGCUUGAUGGACUCUGUAAUUCAAGGGCAAUCACAAGGUUCUAAAGUAGGCCAGCGUGUACUCUUACCUGCUUCAUUUAUAGGAGGGCCUCGAGACAUGAAAAAGAGAUAUAUGAAUGCUAUGGCCUUAGUUCAGAAAUUUGGAAGGCCUGAUUUAUUUCUUACUAUGACAUGUAAUCCUUCAUGGCCAGAAAUUAAGGAAAACAUGCUGCCUACUGAUGAAACACAAAACAGAAUCGACUUAUGUGCUCGGGUGUUUCAGGCUAAAUUGGAAAUGCUAAAGGAAGAGCUAUUCAAGAAAGAAAUUUUCGGUCAAGUUGCAGCAUACACCUAUGUGAUUGAGUUUCAGAAACGAGGCUUGCCACAUGCUCACUUCCUUAUUAUUCUGAAACCCAAUUCAAAGCUAUACUCUCUUGAUUCCUAUGAUCAAAUAGUCUCUGCUGAACUACCAGAUGAAGGUACACACAAGCAUUUGUUUAAAAUGGUCCGUAAGCAUAUGAUGCACGGACCUUGUGGCAGUAAAAAUCCUAACAAUGUCUGCAUGCAAGGUAAAAAGGUCAGAUUUUGUAAGAACAAGUAUCCAAAGCAAUGGGCAGAUUCUACAACUCAUGGACAGAAUGCUUAUCCAAUAUAUCGCCGAAGAAAUGAUGGAAAAAUAGUUCAUGUUCGAGGUCAAGAACUGGAUAACAGAUGGGUAGUACCACAUAAUCCGUACCUAUUGGCAAAGUUCAAUUGUCAUAUCAAUGUUGAAAUCUGUUCUACCAUCAAAGUUGUCAAAUACAUGUUCAAGUAUAUUUUCAAAGGACAUGACAAAAUCCAUUUUCGAGUUAACUCAGAUACUUCAGAACAAUGCAUUGACGAAAUCAAAGAAUAUCAGACAGCAAGAUGGGUAUCUGGUAUUGAAGCUAUGUGGCGCAUAUACAGAUUUACUCUCAAUGAAAUGCAUCCUUCGGUUAUGAAUUUACAGUUACACUUACAGAAUUAUCAAUCCAUGAGCUUCAAGGACAAUGAAGACAUCAGAGAUUUAUUGAAAAAUCAGUUCAAGAAAAGGACCAUGUUAACAGAGUUUUUCUAUAUGAAUGCAACAGAUGAUUUAGCAAAAGCUUUAAAAUGCACAUACAAGGAGUUUCCUCAACAUUUCGUUUGGCAUCCAGAUAAGAAGUAUUGGUCGGCAAGGAAACAGAAAGACUGUAUUGGAAGAAUUGUUGCAGCAAAUCCAAAUGAAGGAGAGCGUUAUUUUCUGCGGCUACUCUUAAUCAAUGUUAAAGGACCAACUUCAUUUGAUGAUCUCAAAAUGAUAGACAAUAAAUACGCAAAUAGCCUUCAAGAAGCAGCAAUACUCAGGGGAUAUUUUGAAUCGAACAAUGCACAGCAACAAUGCCUCGAAGAAGCAGCACUCUAUCAUAUGCCUCACACUUUCAGAAGACUUUUUGCCACAAUAUUAGUACAUUUUCCGCCAGCAAAUCCUAGACAGCUUUGGGAAAAUUUUGAAGAAUCUUUAUCCGAAGAUUUUUAUCAUCAGCCUCAUUUGCAAAGUGAUCAGAUACAACUAAAUGUGCUUCAUGAAAUAAGUAAGUUCUUACAAUCAAUGGGCAAGAAUAGCAAUAGUUACGACUUAGUUCCACGAAUUCUGAGGUUGAAUCCAGCAGACAGAGAAACAAGAGAUACUAUGAGUGAAACUCAGAUUAUUAUCUCAGAUGAAGAUAUUGCAUCCAUUAGUCGGCUAAAUAUGGAACAGAAACUUGCAUUUGAUAUAAUUACAGCUCAUGUAUACAACAAUCACAAAGGAUCUUUCUUCUUAGACGGACCAGGAGGGACUGGCAAAACAUUUUUAUACAAAGCUCUAUUAGCUGAUAUCAGAUCCAGAGGUUUCAUAGCAUUGGCUACAGCAUCAAGCGAAGUUGCAGCAUCAAUACUUCCUGGAGGACGAACAGCGCAUUCGCGCUUCAAAAUACCAAUCAAUAUGGACACAAGCAAUAUGUGUACUGAUAGAGCCGUUAUUUGGCACGUUUUGCACUGUCAUCUUGUCCUAAUUUUGGCUAUUCAUGGUGCUAAGAAAGGGGAUUUCACUCAUAUUUGA